AUGGCCGCUGGGCCAGUGACCGCUCCCUCCUCCAUGGCGGUCCCCUCCGCGCGCCGUAACCUGGCGCUCCUACCAACAGUCUCCGCGGCUCGCGAGCCGCCGCGCGCGCGGGCAGCGGCUGGUGCGGAGGGGAGGGCGCGGAGAGGGAAGGAGGCGGAGGCGGCGGACGAGGAGGAAGCGGAGAGGCGGCGGAAGGAGGAGGUGAACCGGAAGAUCGCGUCCCGGAAGGCGCUGUCCGUCAUCCUCCGGCGCGAGGCCACCAAAGCGGUCCUCGACAAGCGCAAGCCCGGCAAGGGCACGCGCCGCCUCCUCCCCGGCACCGUCCUUGAGGCCCUGCACGACCGCGUCGCCGCCCUCCGAUGGGACUCCGCCCUCAAGGUGUUCGAGCUAAUGCGGGACCAGGUGUGGUACAGGCCUUACAUCGGCAUCUACAUCAAACUUAUAACCAUGCUUGGCAAGUGCAAGCAGCCGGAGAAGGCGCACGAGCUCUUCCAGGCGAUGAUCGAUGAAGGUUGCGCGCCCAACCUCGAGUCCUACACCGCCCUAGUCUCCGCGUAUAGCAGGAGCGGCCGAUUCCGUGAGGCAUUCGACCUACUUGAUCGGAUGAAGGACACCCCGGGUUGCCAGCCUGAUGUGCAGACGUACUCGAUUCUCAUCAAGUCAUGCUUACACGCUUAUGAUUUUGAGAAGGUGAAGAGUUUGCUGACUGAUAUGGCACGGGCGGGCAUCUGGCCUAACACCGUCACCUAUAAUACAUUGAUCGAUGCCUAUGGGAAAGCAGGAAGGUUUGCUGAGAUGGAAUCAACUCUUCUGACGAUGUUGUCACAAAAUUGCAAGCCUGAUGUGUGGACAAUGAAUUCUACUCUCAGAGCUUUUGGCAGUAGUGGUCAGAUUGAGACAAUGGAAAGCUGCUAUGAGAAGUUCCAGGCCUCUGGUAUUGUCCCAAACAUUAAGACCUACAAUAUCUUACUCGAUUCCUAUGGUAAAGCCAAAAUGUAUGAGAAGAUGGGAGCUGUGAUGGAGUACAUGCAGAAGUAUUACUAUUCUUGGACAAUAGUUACUUACAAUGUAGUGAUUGAUGCAUUUGGAAGGGCCGGAGACCUUGAGCAGAUGGAAUACAUAUUUAGGCUAAUGAAAUCUGAGCGUGUAAAGCCCAAUUGUGUUACACUCUGUUCAGUGGUUAGAGCAUAUGGAAGAGCUGGGGAAGUUAAGAAAAUAAAGACAGUGUUGAGAAUUGUUGAGAAUUCUGACAUAACAUUGGAUAUUGUGUUCUUCAACUGUUUGGUGGAUGCAUAUGGGAGGGUGGGGUGCUUGGCAGAGAUGUGGGAUGUUCUUGAUUUGAUGAAGGAGCACAGAUGCAAACCAGACAAGGUAACAUGCACUACCAUGAUCAAAUGGUUUCUCAUCAAAGGAAUCAACGAUCAUCGUGUUCAGUAUCUACGUGAUCUUAAAGAUGGGCGUGCAACAGAUGAUACAUAG